AUGCUAAGCUUCGUUAUGUCGAAACACUCCGUUUCUCCAAUUCGUCUAACGGCUGAGAAGUCGAGUUCGAAGAGGAGGGUGGAUCUUCUGAUGUCUAAGUCGGGCCGUUCCUCGGAUCCUUAUGACGAAUCCGAGCCUGAGCUUCUAGCCCUGAAUCCUUUAACUUAUGUUUCGCAACCUCCUUCGAUGGUGGGCCCCGCAUCAUCGGUGAAAGGGGGUGAUUUGGUCAAAUGGAAAAAUGACUAUCUGCUUUCUUCCUCCGCCGUCCUCCGCGUUCCCGAUUCUAUGGGUAGACCGGAGGAGAUUUUUAUUUAUGAAGCUUUCUUUGAGUCUGGCUUCAGAGAAGAUAUACCGUCGUUAAUUACAGAUCUUUGCGAUUUUUUCCGGAUCUCUCCUUCCCAACUCAAUCCUCUUGCCUGGCGUAUCCUCAUAGCCAUUCAAAAUUCUAGCCACGAAGAAUGUCUUCCCUUAGGCGUCGACGAGGUGCUGUUUGCUUAUCAUCUUGCCCCUAUCAAUGGUGGAGAAGGCCGCUUUCACCUUUGGCCGCGCAGUGGUCUCCCCAUCAUAGAGGAAUUUCCGAAAAAUGAUCGCAAGGGCCUCUGGGACUUGGCCAGGGAGUUUGAUCGGUUCAAGGCCAUGGCUCUCGCCGAGGAAAAUUUCAAAGGCGUGGAUCCUCCCUCUUUCGAGGAUGAACCAGCCAUCCCUCCAUCUUCCGGCUCUGGCGGAUCCUGA